AUGGACGACCUCGAAACAGCGAUAAUCAACGCUGAGGCAGUGCUGAACAUUGUAUUAUCUGACACCAGCCUCUCAUCUACCUACCCCAACCUCCCUACAAUGGAAAGCAACCUGAGCUGCUACCUUGGGCGCCGGUAUGAUCACCAUGGAAGGCUUGCCGAUCUUGACCUUGCACUUGAGUACGGCAAGGAAGCUGUAAGGGUCACCGUCCCCAGUGACCAUUGUCUUGCUGGACGACUGGGGAACUUGAGUAAUCCCUAUGAUGCACGAUACCAGCGACUGGAUGACAUGGGUCACCUGAAUCGAGCAAUUGAGUAUGGGCAGGCUGCAGUGGAAGCAUCGACACUGGAGGAUAGUGAUCAAGGGUACACUCCUAUUGCCCUUGACCAUCUGAGCAGCUGCCUGUAUGCUCGCUACACUCGCACAUUGGACCAAAAUUAUCUCGAAGCGGCGAGAUCGAAUAUAAAUAAAGGAAUUGGCUUGCUACAGGCCUGUAUAGUGUCCGAAGGUCGAGACCUUAACAAUGAUGCUCAGUAUAUAAGCUCGUUAAAUAAUCUCAGCACCUACCUCGAAGAUCGUUUCAAACUACUCGGAGGACUUGAUGACCUCGAAACUGCCAUCAGGCACUCUGAACGUGUCCUUACAGCCAUGCCAAAAGGCUACCCAAACCGCCUUGGAAGAAUCAAUGGUUUAACCAAUCGCUACCAUAUCCGUUACCUUGCUCUAGGGAACGUCACAGAUCUUGAAAAGUACCUAACAUAUGCAAAGGCGUUGGUCGAAGCGACCCCUGCCAACCAUCGACUCCUCGCGUCUAGACUGAUGGUGUUGAGUAACCGCCAUCGGGCACGUUUUGAUCGCAUCGGGGACAUCGAGGACCUCAAUCUGGCCAUAUCCUAUGCACACAACGCUCAGGUGGAAACACCCCCGGACCACCCACGUAAGGUCGAAAGACCGAUUGCUCUAAGUGAGGGGUUCCAUUUUAGGUACGAGCGCUUCGGAAAGGUUGAUGAUCUUGAGGCUGCUAUCCACCAAGCGGAAACCGCACUCGCGUCUACUCCUCAUAAUAAUCUACGUCGUCGGGAUCUUGAAGCAGCGAUUGGAUACUCUGAAGAGAUUUUAAAGGCUACUCCUGAGACCAGUCCUACUCUCGAAGAACGCUUAAAUAAUCUAAGCACCCACUAUUAUGGUCGAUACCAGCGCCUCGGGGAGCAGGUAGAUCUCGAAGCAGCCAUUCGUACUGCGAAGGCAGCUUUGGUGACUACCACUGAUAACAGUCGUACGCGGGGAACCAUUCUCAGUAACCUGAGCGCCAUUUUGCUUUUCGGGUGCUUGUCCAGUACAGCAUCAGCACACGAUGAACAGAUAAAUGACCUCCUGGAUGAAGCAAUCGGCUAUGCCCAGGAGGCGGCCAGGUUGACAUCGGAUGACGAUCCCUAUCUGCCCCAGAGAUUCAAGUAG